CCUAGGCCCUCCUCACAACAACAAAACUCGCGCGCUCUAGGCUGGCGCCUGGGCUCUCGACCCCGCCCUCCUGCCACCUGCAGCCGCCUUGGCCGCGCCCGGCCCGGCCCUGCCCGGGGGGUCAGGUGGAGCGCGGGGCCACGCCCUGCGGCCAACUUCUCCCCACUUCCACUCACCCGCGCCGCCUAGCGAGACCCAGGGCCGACCGUGGCCGCCGCCGUUGAGCAGCAGGGAGCGGCCGCCGCGGAGGACCCCCGGUCGGGCUGUGUGCCCAGUGGCCCUGCCCGGGCGCAGAGGGCGGCGGUGGCGACCCUGAGGCCUCCUCAGUCCAGAGCCAGACGGAGUCCGGACCUGGCGGGGAAAACUGCACCGACGGUCGGGCCCCCAGACCCCGCCGCCGACUCUGUUCAGCCUUGUUACCGGCAAUGGCCUUCGUAUCGCCCGAUGCACUAGUGACUGACUUGGACACGGAAUAUUAAGAACCCACUUACUUCCGUCCCCACCCCAGUCGCGCAGGCAAUAACCACCUCGGCUCACUUGGGUUUAACUGCUGCUACUGUUGACUGCCCGACUUUGGGGACACCAUGGACCGAAGUGGAAUGGAGAUGCCUGUGACCCUCAUCAUUAAAGCACCGAAUCAGAAAUACAGUGACCAGACUAUUAGCUGCUUCUUGAACUGGACCGUGGGGAAACUAAAAACGCAUCUAUCCAACGUGUACCCUAGCAAACCAUUGACUAAGGAUCAGAGACUGGUGUAUUCGGGCAGACUUCUUCCAGAUCACCUGCAGCUGAAAGAUAUUCUCAGAAAACAAGAUGAGUAUCAUAUGGUUCAUCUAGUAUGUACUUCUCGGAGUCCUCCCAGUUCUCCAAAAUCCAACACCAGUAGAGAAGGUCAUGAAGCACUGGCAUCCGGCAGCAGUUCUAGUCCGGAUCAUUCAGGAUCAACAACUCCAUCAUCCAGUCAGGAAACCUUGACUAUAGCUGCCAGUUCAUCCUCAGAGGGAUUGAGGCAACGUACACUUCCACAAGCACAAACUGACCCUGCACAGAGUCAUCAGUUCCCGUAUGUAAUGCAAGGAAAUAGAGACAACCAAUUUCCUGAGCAGGCUAUUCCGGCUGGAUUCCCAGUGUAUCCUGCUUUCAGCCCACUGCAGAUGCUGUGGUGGCAGCAGAUGUAUGCUCAUCAGUAUUAUAUGCAAUAUCAAGCUGCAGUUUCUGCUCAGGCCACAUCAGAUGCCAACCCAGCUCAGCCUACUGCUUCACAGCCUCUAAAUAUGACACAUGUUCCUGGAGAAGAACCACCACCUGCUCCAAACUUAGUGGCCCAAGAAAAUCGACCUCUGAAUGAGAACGUGCAGAUGAAUGCACAGGGAGGUCCAGUGCUUAACGAAGAAGACUUCAAUCGAGACUGGCUAGACUGGAUGUACACAUUCUCACGAGCUGCAAUUCUCCUUAGCAUUGUAUACUUCUAUUCUUCCUUUAGUCGGUUUAUCAUGGUAAUGGGAGCCAUGCUACUGGUUUAUUUACACCAAGCUGGAUGGUUUCCUUUUAGGCAAGAAGGAGGUCCGCAACAUGCUCCCAACAAUAAUGUGGAAGUUAACAAUGAUGGGCAAAAUGUAAACAAUUUAGAACUUGAAGAAAUGGAACGUAUUAUGGAUGAUGGGCUUGAAGAUGAGAGUGGAGAAGAUGCAGGAGAAGAUGCUAGUGCAAUUCAAAGGCCUGGAAUAAUGGCUUCAGCUUGGUCUUUUAUCACCACCUUCUUUACUUCACUGAUACCAGAGGGGCCUCCCCAGGUUGCCAACUAGACCUGAAAAACUGUGCCAGCUGCAAAGGAGGGUUUGACUUUAGGAAAGUGUUUUAAAUAACAGUGCAAUUUCAAAAAAAUUUAUAACUUUCUUUUGAUCAUCAUGUACAGAGGUGUUUUUUCUUUAAGCUUCUCAUGCGUAUGAAUAUUUUAAGCACAAAUGGACUACUAAAUGUGUGAUUUUUUUUUUUUUUUUUAAAUCCUAACAGAACAUAGUGUAACAAUAUUGGUCUUCCAGAUUUUAUUCUUUUCUAUUAUGUACAUUAUAACCAGACAGACCUGUUUUUGCGCCUUAUUUCUUUAAAGAGCUGCUUUACAUAUAAAUGUCUAUAGCUAGUAGCCCAGCCCUUCAAUGUAUAAUUUGAAUAAAUAUAUAUAUUUUCUGUGAAUUAUCCUGAAAGUUUGAAACAGAAUGACCUCAUAGUUUUUAAUAAAUAAUAUUAUUUACUUAAAACAUGCUAGUAGCAUCUUGCCCGGCCAUAAAGCAAUAAACUUCUCAAUAAUCUUAAUUUUGAAAUUUAAACAAAUAAUGGAAACUUUCUAUUUUAAGGGCAUAAAUCCCAUCAGUUGGAAUUAGUAUCUUUAAAAAAAGGCAGCUCUUCAGUGGAAUUAACAGUGAUAAAAAAAAAAUGUUUGAUACAGGCAGUACUUUUAUAAAAUAAGAUAUGUUGGAAAUCAUACCCUGUAAUUUUUUUAAAUAAAAGGUCAAUCCAUUAUAGUAAA